CAUCUUUUAAGAUAAAACUAUCAUUGUUAAUUCAAGUAAUAUUGAACUAUUCUAUUUAAUAUUCAUGAGACGGAUAUACCUGAAUUGAGAGCUUUUAUUGUAAAAUUAAAGGAAUUACUUAAAAAGGAAUAAAAUGAAAAUAAAAUCAAAUCAGAAAAUAAAAAUUAGCAGAACUCAAAAAAGGUAUUUUGUGAUGUAAUAUUUUUAGAUAGAGAAGAAAUGCAAGCUAAAUAUUAUGUAGAAAGUAAAAAAUACAAUUUUUAAAGAGUAACAAUUUAAUCUUAAAACAGGUUUCUUACUAAAUUACGACAACCUAGUUCACUCUUAGAAAAAUAGUCUUGAUGAUUUUUAUAAAAUUAAGGUAUAAACUUUAAUAAGAAAUUUUUCGUUUUUUUUUGAGUUGA